AUGUCCGACAAGUCCUUCACCACCGCCGACGUCGGGACGCACAACAAUGAUGAGAAUGGGUACUGGCUGAUUGUCGAGAACAACGUCUACGACGUCACCAACUUCCUCGACGAGCAUCCCGGCGGCGCAAAGAUCCUCAAGCGCUUCGCCGGCAAGAACGCGACCAAGGCGUUUUGGAAGUACCACAACGAGAGCGUGCUGGAAAAGUACGGCGGCAAGUACAAGAUUGGGAGCGUCAAGGAGGCUGCGAAGCUGUAA